AUGAUGUACAAGAUCACGACGCAGGAGCGCAUGCUCCAGAACCUGGUGUGCGAGUACGAGAAGCUCGCGGACCCGCGCCUGCCCGCGACGUCACGCAAAUCCGGCCACCUCCUCGAAACCUGCUGCACGAUCAUGGACCUCAAAGGCGUGGGCAUCUCCAAGGCCUCCUCCGUGUACAGCUUCGUGGGGCAGGUCUCCGCCAUCUCCCAGAACUACUACCCCGAGCGGCUAGGCAAGCUGUACAUCAUCAACGCGCCGUGGGGCUUCAGCGGCGUCUUCAGUGUCGUGAAGCGCUUCUUGGAUCCGGUUACGGUGCAGAAGAUUCACGUUUUGGGGAGCGGGUAUGAGAAAGAGUUGUUGGCGCAAGUCCCGAAGGAAAAUUUGCCCAAGCAGUUUGGAGGCUCGUGCCAGUGCCCUGGCGGCUGCCAGCUUAGCGACGAGGGCCCCUGGCAGGAUCCGCAGUGGACUAAGCCGCCCAAGUGGGCCAGGAAGGAUGAUGCGAUCGAGGAUCAGCCCACGCUGAGUGGAACCGAGGGCGUGUCUGAAGGUCUGCCGGCUGGAGGUGCGCCGGCUGGAGACGUACCCGCUGGAGUCGUACCGGGCAGAGUAAGCGCUGAGGGCAGGAGGAGCGGGGAGGCGUAUCCGGGUGCUGCGCAGCCUGCGGCACAUUCGUAG